AAAAACAUUAGUUCCUAGAUCUAGUUUCUUGGUCGUAGAGUUGGAAGUAGCUGGAAAAUGGGAAGCCCCGCACAACCAGGGCUUUUGCCUCAUCUGGUUUUUGUUUUGGCAUUUUGCCUUGCAACUACCAUUGUGUCAGCUGCAUACCCACCUUACGAGUAUGCAUCUCCUCCACCACCAGAGCACCCAUAUCAUCCACCAGGCCACUACGAAUCACCACCACCUCCCAAGCGCCAGCAUCACCCACCCGGCCAUUACAAGUCACCACCACCUCCGGAGCAACCCACAGCACCCACCAUCGUAUCAUUACAAGUCUCCACCACCCCCGAACAUUAUCCUCCACCCCUAUACCAUUAUAAGUCACCACCUCCUCCAGUAAAAUACCCAGCUCCAUUACCUCACUAUAAAUCUCCACCUCCUCAUCCCAAGUCACCACCACCUCAUUACGUCUAUAAGUCUCCACCACUCCCAUCACACCCGCCUCCUCAUCCAAAGUCACCACCACCUCAUUAUAUUUAUAAAUCUCCACCACCAUCAUCACACCCACUGCCGGUUCAUUCACCACCUCCUCAUUACGUCUACAAGUCCCCACCACCACCUCAUUACAUCUAUGAGUCCCCUGCACCACAUCCCAAACCCUCAAAGCACCUCCUCCUCAUUACAUCUACGAGUCCCCACCACCACCAUCACAUCCCAACCCCUACAAAUCUCCACCUCCUCAUUACGUUAAUGAGUCCCCACCACCAUCUCUUCCCAACCCCUACAAAUCUCCACCACCAUCACAUCCCGAGACUCCUGCCCCUCCAUCUCAUGACCACUAUUCUCCUCCAUAUCUUUACAAAUCACCACCACCUCCAAAGACCUACUAAGCUGAUGCUUUUAUUUUGAUCCAGUUUUACUUGGAGUUAUGACGACAAGUUCUCCAUACCAUCAAUAAUUCGAGUGUGUUAGGCUUGCUAUUCUGUUUUAGAAUAAGAGGUUUAAAAUGGAGAGUCUUGCUCAUUUGUAUGCGCCAGCUCUUGUAUCAUUUCUCAUAAGAAUGAGAACAAUAAUUUUCUUUCUGA